GAAAAAAAUUAAGUAAAAUUAGAAUAAAAUUAAAAAAUAAAAAAUAAUGGAAUUAAUAACCCAUCACUAUUCAAAAUCAUUAAGGAGAGCUUAUGAAAGAUCAAUUAGUGAACAAAAUUAUGAAAAUCAUCACCGUUUUAGUGAAAAUAUUUUUUUAAAAGGUCAAAACCAAAAUUUUUUAAAAGAACGUUCUUAUCAUCAGCAAGAAGUGAAUUCAUUGCAUGACGAAAACUUAACAGCAAAAGACUUGACUGUCAAUAAAAGCACCGAGCUCCAUAAACAGCAGCCAGUAAAUGGAAUCACAUCAAGUAGAAUAAAACAGGAAGAAAAAGAAGAACAAAUGACAUCUGCAUCAAUUAGAAGAUAUUUCUGUAUAUUCUGUAAAAUGGACUUUACAAAUGCAGAUCACUUUCUUGAUCAUCUCGAGCUGCAUCAAAAUGGAACUUUCGUACUAGUCAAAAGAGAUUUAAUAUCUAUCCCCCCACAACCAUUAUCACCAAAAAUUCAUCUUAAUAGUAAUAGUAAUAAUAAUAAUAAUCUUAGUCAGUCAAGUAGUGAUAGAGUCGUAGCAUCAGUAGUAGAAAACAACAACAAUAAUCACAUAAUGAUACAGGAAAGGGUGAGGGAGAGAGAACGUGAAAGAAGUAGGGAGUCGGCAGUAACAGAGGAAGAGACCUCAAACCUUCCAAUUGUACCGGAAGAACUAAAGAACCAAAUUAAAAUUGAACCAAUCAGUGAGGAUGAGGAAGAGGAAUCGUUGCCGCCACAAAAUAUGGUCGUGACUAAUAAUAUCCCAGAACAUCAUCAUAUCAGUAAUCGUACUAGUGAACAUAGUUCGCAGCACUAUAAUAAUGAUUCAAAUGAUGGAACAAUUAUGCAUUCAUCAUCUCCAUUAAAUGAUAAUAAUAAUUCAACAGAAACAGGUGAUCCAAAUCAACAAUUAUUGGUGUUGUCAAAUCCAAGAAUCGGUGAUGGACCCGGAGAAUAUCUCUGCAAUGUCUGUCACGCUAAAUUUGUAUACAAAAAUAACUUAAAAAGCCAUCUGAAAAGGCAUUUAGGAAUUUAUCCGUACGUAUGUUUUUGUGGUAAGCGAUAUCAGUUCAAGUGUAAAUUGAACAAACAUAUAGAACAGGUAAGAUUAAUUACUUAUAAUUUCAAAAGAUAUUUAUACCUCCGUUUUUAUUUCUUGAGUGAUAAGAGAAAAAAAAAUAUUAAUUUGUGCUUUACCUUUUUUGUCGUCGCGAUUUUUUUAAUUGCAGGCACAUGCAAAAAUCAAGAAUUUCAAAUGUCCCGUGCCAACAUGUCCAAAAAAAUAUUUUACUCGUAACGACCUUGCAUUUCAUAUUAGCGUAACGCAUCAAGAGCGGCAAGAGAUUCCAUGUAACAUAUGCCAAAAAGUCUUUAAUUCUCAGAAAUCUCUACAAAUUCAUUGCCGAAAAUAUCACCGAAAUCAGGAAUCUUGAUCAGAUCAGCAACAACAACAACAACAACAGGUAAUGACAAUGAGAAAAUCAACUCAUUUUUUGCCAAUCAUUCAAGUGAACUUAUCAAAAUGAUAAAGAAAAAUUAUAAGAAAAAAAUAUUUAUCAGAAACAGAAAUGAAACCAUAUAUAUACAUACAGGCAACUGAACAAAAAAAAAGUGUACAAGAUUAAAUUAGAUUAAUAGAAAAAUCCAAGAAAUAUAAAAUAAAACAAAGUAAUUAAAUAAUUGUGAA